CGUCUGCCCUGCGCGGCCCUGCUCACGCUAGCCCAAACAAGGGGCCUGGGAACCCUGACUCCUGGGGCCUCUUAGAUCGCCCACAGGUGCUGCUAAAAGCUGGUGUGGUCCCCAGGGCUGUUGCCCUGAUGUGCUGGUAGCAUCUCAGUUUAGGCCUGAGACUGGGACACCAGCCCUGCAGAGCCACCUCAUGGUGUCUGACUCCGUGAGUGAGCGGGCACAUGGCCCCACAACACGUCUCAGCCCCUGUCGCCUCCCACCAUGCUCUGCCACCUCUGCUCCUGCGGGACCUCCUGCCAAAGCCUGGUCACUAAAGGAAGCCUCACAGUGGCACACACAGGCUUGUGGUGGGUGAGGCGGGGCCCGAGCCAGCAGGAGGGAACCUACGACGUCAUGGAAGCUCGUGUUGCCACACCAGGUCCUGUUUCAAGCACAGGAAAUGUUUACCUCCUUUGCUCCCUGGGGACAUUCAGGUGUGAAAGAGUCCUGGGGGCUCUUCCCCACGCUGCAGCCCACAGACCUCCUUCCCUCGGGAGGCUGCUCCUCUGCUGCCUGGGACCCUCUCAUGAGCUCCCUUGGGGACUCUUCUCUGGGGAUGGUCAUGGUCAUGGGGAUGUGGAGUCUGCUGAGGCCAGAAAAUGCGUCCCAUCAGAGGCCACCGAAGAGCACCGUCUGGCAACAGGGAAGCCAGCCUGUUGAGCUGGGCCACAGCCAGGACUGGUGGCAGAGCAGAGCUGGGUGGGUACACAAGGACCAGGUCCUCUCGGGGAGGACAGGGCCCCUUGUUGCCUGCAGUCCCUGAGCAGGUGCAGGGAGGGCCCAGGGAGCCAACGCAGAGGCCAGGCCUUGAGGGCUGCACCAACGAGAGGAAGAGCCAGCGGUGGCCUCAGAGUGACGAGCCCCUGCAGUGACCAGCACACUCCGUGCCUGGCCUGGCAGCUCUGCCCUGGUGCAAAGCCGUCCGUUCACCAUCCCUGACCCAGGGCAGCAGGACUGGAACAGGGAGAGCAUCUCCAUGGAGCUGGCCGGAGAGGUGGCCAGGCGGUGGAGGAGGCAACAGGACCAGAGAAGUAGCUGUGCUCUGACUUGGGACAUGGGCGCAGUGGGCAACAGGCAUCUGGGUCAUAGACCCCAGUUCCACCCCCUGAAGCACGGAUUUGAUGAGUGGUUUGGAUCCCCCAACUGUCACUUUGGACCUUAUGACAACAGGGCCAGGCCCAACAUCCCUAUGUAUAGGGACUGGGAGAUGGUCGGCAGAUUUUAUGAAGAAUUUCCAAUCAACCUGAAGACUGGGGAGGCCAACCUCACCCAGAUCUACUUAGAGGAGGCCCUGGAUUUCAUCAGGAGGCAGCAGGCCAGGCAACGCCCGUUCUUCCUCUACUGGGCCAUCGACGCCACCCACGCGCCUGUCUAUGCCUCCAGAUCUUUCUUGGGUACCAGCAGGCGAGGGCGGUAUGGGGACGCCGUUCGCGAGAUCGAUGACAGUGUUGGGAGGAUCCUGAGGCUGCUGCGGGAGCUGCGCCUCGGGGACAGCACCUUCGUCUUCUUCACCUCGGAUAAUGGCGCUGCCCUCAUUUCUGCUCCCGAGCAAGGUGGCAGUAAUGGCCCCUUUCUGUGUGGGAAGCAGACCACAUUUGAAGGUGGGAUGAGGGUGCCUGCGAUCGCGUGGUGGCCCGGGCACAUCCCUGCAGGCCAGGUGAGCCACCAGCUGGGCAGCAUCAUGGACCUUUUCUCCACCAGCCUGUCCCUCGCAGGCCUGAAGCCGCCCCGUGACAGGGCUGUCGACGGCCUCGACCUCCUUCCUGCCAUUCUGCAGGGCCAGCUGAUGGACAGGCCGAUGUUCUAUUACCGUGGCAAUACACUGAUGGCGGUCACUCUUGGCCUGUACAAGGCCCACUUCUGGACUUGGACCAACUCCUGGGAGGAGUUUAAACAGGGCAUCGACUUCUGUCCUGGGCAGAACGUCUCAGGAGUCACAACCCACACCCAAGAAGAGCACACAAAGCUGCCCCUGAUGUUCCACCUGGGACGAGACCCUGGGGAGAGGUACCCGCUCAGCUUUGGCAGUGCUGAGUACCAGGAUGCCCUUGGCAGAAUCACCCCAGCUGUCCAGCAGCACCAGGAGGCCUUGGUCCCCGGACAGCCCCAGCUCAAUGUGUGCAACCAGGCAGUCAUGAACUGGGCACCCCCAGGCUGUGAAAAGUUAGGCAAGUGUCUGAGGCCUCCAGAGUCUGUCCCAGAGAAGUGCUCCUGGCUCCAUUAGCACCUGCUUGAACCCAGAAUCUCCACAGACCCUGCAGGUGCCCAAGAGCAGGAAGUGUCUGGCCUCUGCCAACUGCCAAGCGCUCACUGCCAGACAGCAUCUGCAGCCAGCAGCAGGGCCUGCCAGACACCUGCCAGAGACCUGGUUCUAGAGUCCACUCCUCAUUGCUCCUCCUCACCCACCUGGCCCUGCAGCCCAUCAUCUCAGCUGGCUAUGAAGGAGGCCACAGGCGUGAGUGCUGCCUCCCAUGCUCCUGCGUGUUUCCAUCUCGGUGAUGAAGGAUUGAUGGCAGUGGUGUGAUUGGAUUCUGAGCCCCUCAGUGCUAUCAGGGUGCUCUCCACACCACCCCACAGGGCUGUGGACAAGGGGGGAUAGGGAGGAGGCAGACACUCCACCCCACAUUGGACGCCCAUGCCACUUCUUCUGUGGAGGGUGUCGGUGUCCUUGGCUCUCUGCCCGGGCUCAGCACACUGAUUCUGUCUGCUGUGAGCCCACCUGUCUCAAGGCAGGUGGGAGCCGCCUUCCAUGAGUGGGUUCUCACAUCUGUGCCGUUCUGCCAAAACAAAUCGUAAAAGUUGGGAAAUGUCGAAGAAAUAGGCUCAUAAUAAAGAACAAAACCUGUUUUAA